AUGUCUUGCAUCCGCAGUGGUCAGGAUCCCAUUGUCAUGGUCAUAGAUUUUCACCAUGCAAGGGGUCCCGAAAUAGAGUUAUGCGUUGGAGACGAUGGAAGCGAUCCUGCAGCGGAGAAUGACUGGUCAUUGUUACCAUUUAUGGCCUUAUCUGAUGGAGCGCAUAUGUCCACCGAAGAGUUCUCGUACUUCACCGUGCGGCGGAAGGAGACUCCUACCGAACCGGCGACUUCGCUCUUUGGCAUCUCCUGUUCUAGACAGAUCGAUUCGAACCUUCUCCUAUAUAGGCCCCCGGAUGUUACGAGAUCGACGGUUCAAAAAGCGGUGGUUGUGGUGACGGAUAACCCUCGAAGCCUGGGACAACUGAGGGAGAAACUGUCUGUUGUGACUUCGGCUUGGUUUGCGCAGCGUGAUUUUUCGGAUAUCGAUAUUCUAAAGAUGAUUCAUGAAUUCAAAUAUCAAACCUUGGUUCUUUUCAAGGCUCUGCUUCUACAGCCGAAGGUAAGCGUAUGCCCGACACAGUGGCCUACAUCACACACUAAUGUUACGCAGAUGCUCUUCUUCGGCUCCCGAUGCGAGCGGCUGUGCAUGAUUCAGUUCUCUCUCGUUUCUCUAAUUCCUGGGCUCUUGAAUAAGCUACAGGACUGUGCUGAUCCAGCGUUUGACACCUAUGCACAGACUGUUGAACAGCCAACGUCCCUCAAGACGAGCGAUAGGAAUUCAUUACUGGCAUAUAUGGGCCUACCUCUGCAGAUUUUCGGCAAGGGAAGCAUGUUCGGGCCCUACACGCCAUUGCAGCAGCUGGAUCUGCUAGCGGAUUAUGGAACAAAGUCGUAUGUCGUCGGCUCGACAAAUUCAUUACUGUUACAGCAAAAAGAUCGCUAUAGCGACAUACUAGUUAAUCUUGACGAAGAUACCAUUAAUAUCUCAUCCCCCACCCUCCGGAAUGCCUUGGCACUUUCUGUCGCAGACCGGCGCUGGAUCGACCUUCUCACCCAAAUCAUCAACGACACAUGGGAUGAGGCCCAUCCAGAGCAGCCUAAGACCCACGGAUACAUGGGGUCGGAGGAAUUCAUCAGACUGCAAUUCGAAGAAUACCUUUUGGCGCUCCUCGCUUGCAUGCAGUAUCACGAAGAGCUCAACUCCUUGAAUGCCGACGAGUUAGGUCGGAGGAGCCGUGCUCAUUUAGAAGCAUUCAAUAUCGAGGGAGACCCGGCUUUGGAAUUUAAUUCCGAAUUCUUGGCACAGUGGAGGAACACGCCGAAUUAUUCGCUGUUCAAGCGUCUGACCUCUGAUGCGCUUCUUUUUUCGAUCGUUGAGCCUCGCCAUCCAUGCGCAGGAGGGCUCACCAUUGAUGACGUCCAACGACGUUUGUCUCAACAAGUCGCGGAGCUUCACUUAGACGAAAGGGUCCGCGAAAGCCGCGAGGCUCUGAACAGGCACAUUUCCACAGGACAGAAGAAAGUGAGCGCGGCAUUCAACAGCUUCUGGGCGGACAUUGAAUCCAUGAGGGAGGCCCAACGCAAAAAGAAUGAAGAAAAAGCCUCCCAGUCGCAACGUUCAUCCUUGGAUAAAGGCUCGCGGAAUUCUCCUCCAUUUUCACCUUCCGAUACCGCAUCGGUACACUCCACCAGCGGUGCUUCCUGGUUCUCUGCGCGUAAAGCUCCUGCUGUCGACCUUACCCAAGCACAGGCAUCCGUCAGUGCAGCAAGCCAGAAGGCAGGUGCUUAUCUCAGCUCCUGGGGUUCUUGGGCCAGUGAGAAGCGGAAGGAAUGGCAAGAGAAGAAGAACACGCCGGCAUCACCAACUUCCGUCAAUUCGCCAUCUGCUCCGGCUCUAAAUAGCAUCACAGAAGCCAGCGAGGCGGACAGAGGAAGGCGGCGGUCCAUGCAGUCUCGUCGCAGUGAAGACUCCACUAUCUCUCGCAGUGGAAGCAGAAGAAAGCGGUGGAGCAAUAUCCUCCUGCGGCGGGAGAGCGGGGAGUUCAGCUCCGCCUACCGAAAGGACGACGAGAGCAGCAACAAUGGCGAACAAGACACGUAUUCGAGAUCACCCUUGUCUCGCACAGCUUCGUCGGUGCACGAUGACGAGGUCCCGGCGAUAGAAUCAACCCAACUGCCUAUUGAGCCCACAACUCACUCCGCACCGGAAAUUAACGAGUCAACACCCACCACUGCAGCGGAAGGUACGAACAAGUCGCCAUCUUCCGAUGAACCCGAAACCUCUAAAUCAAAGUCACCGGAAGACCAAGCGGAGGCUCCUACUACACUUUUGCAACCAUCUCCUGACAUCAAGGAAGUGUCUCCGGAACCAAUCGAGCCACAUGCCGAGAAAUAA